AUGGCGCCAUACUUUGAAACCGCGAAGUCAUUCGCCGAUGUCCCAAUUACGGCCGACGGCGUAGAGACCGCGACGUUUCUCCUGGCCUCGACCGACUUUGUGAACAUGUUCGACCUUUUGGGCGGUGGCGUCUUCGCGUUCGUGCAGAACGACCUACGCAGCAACAUUACGGGCGUCCGCCGCCGGUACGAUUUCGCGACCGCCGAAUCGCCCUCCCUGGAGAAACUGGUUACGAACGAGUGCACCGGCGCCGCUGCCACAGAGGACCGAAAUGGGACAGCGUGUCUCGUCCGCCUACUUCGCGGCCUCUGGUUCACGUGCGAAGCGCUGCGUAACAUGCAGCGCGACAGGGACGCGGAGCUGCAUACGUGCUUCAGGCGCUCGUACGACGCGAACCUCAAGCACCACCACCCGUGGCUCGUCCGCCAGGUUGUCGCGGUCGCGAUCAGGGCUGUGCCCGAUAGACGCGACUUCUACGGCCGCAUCACACAGGGCGGGUCGCAUGCGAAGUUUGAUAAUGAACUUACGAAAUGGCUGGCGGGAUUGGAAGCGAUAGUGCUCCGUCUGAAGGCCUUCCUCGCGCAGGGUGGUUACGGGGAGGUGUGA